AUGUGGAGUCUUUCCUUUGCUCUACUCAUUUCUUGUAUUUCACUAACUGCUCAACAGGAUCCAACUGAAAUUCCAAAAUGUGAGACUUGUAAUGAACUAGCUCAAAAAAUACCUAAUGCAAUCCAAGAAUUGCAUAAAAUCAAAUUGGAGCCAAAUGACACUCGCGUCGCCAAAAUGAUCAAGAUGUGCACUGACAUGCAGGGUUGCGAUUCUUGUGGCAUUCCACAACAGACCAAAGAUACAGUGGAGACAACUUGUAAUCUUCUGGACAUGGUUAAUAAAGAAGGUUUCACAGCUUGCGCUUCGAAAUUGUCGAAAGAAAAUCCGGACGUUUCCGGUUAUGAAUGCCUCGAAGGACUGGAUUUCUAUGACAAAUCCCCUGCAAGCAGUUGCGUAAGGGCCACAACAAAGAAGGAAUGUGUUAAGAAAAUUAUGGAAGACAAGUGUGGAAAAGAUGCUCUAGUAGACUAUGAUAAAAUUAUCGACCGUGUAGUAAAGCUUCUUGAUUGCAAAUAA